UACAACACUCAGACCCUUUUAAAAUACUCUCUCUCACACACACACACUGACCAGCCGUCUGUAGAUAGAACUGUCUUUUCUGAACACACAGUCUACAAAACCCACUGUUCACAUUCUCACACACGUACAGCACAUGCCUGGAGUUCUGGUGGCAAUCACUUGCUCUAAGGUACUGAAGCAGGACAGAGGACUGGCAUCUCAAUGGUAAACACUUCAGUUUGAGAAGAGCAAUCAUAUGCAGUUUCUGGAAAAAUGGCUUCUUUGUAUGUUUAUUUAGAGAUGAUCGCUCAUUUAAUAUGUGCAAGAAGUUUUGGCAGGCUGUACCUGUUUUGAUGUCAUAAAGAUGAAGAUCAAUAUUCUUCUGCAUUUGACGUUAUUGCUGGUGAGGACAUCAAGCAUUGAAGAUUCACCUGUGGAUAAAUUAACAGAUGUUUCUGGUGGCAGCAGUCAGCAUUUAAACUCUGUUCAGCAUGGAGAAUGUAGCUAUACCUUCAUUCUGCCAGAACCUGAGGAGAGCAGGACUGGUAAUUGGCCAGAAGAACAUGAUGGUAAUUAUGAAGGUAACAGUGUCCAGAAAGAAUCUCCACAGGGGAAGCAAAGCUGCUUAAACCAGCGGAUCCAACACCUGGAGCUUGGCAUGGAAAAUUACACCCACUGGCUCCAAAAGAUUGAGGUAUUUGUAAAAGAGAAUCUGACAGAAGACACAACACACCUGCGAAAUAAUGCUUUACAUAGUGAAAUGACAGCCAUGUUGGAUCUUGGCACCAAACUGCUUUCCCAUUCCACCCAACACAUCAGGAGACUAACAGACACGGAGACACAGGUUUUCAAUCAGACUUCAAGACUGGAGAUUCAGUCAAUGGAAAACUUUUUGUCCUCCAUCAAACUUGAGAACAAACUGCUCCGGCAAACCAGUGAGAUCAACCAACUUCAGGACAAAACAGAUGCCCUAGAGCAGCGUAUGCAUAACAUGGAAGCACGUCAUCGUGCAGAACUGGGUUGGAUAAAGAGUGAGUUGACAAAGCUCCAGAGACUCCUGGCAUCCCAGAGCUCUUCAAUACAGAGCUUGGAACUCAAUCUAGAGCAGGUCAUCACCAACAACAGCGCUCUCUACCGUGUUCAACUACAACUGCAUAGUACCAUUAACAAUCUGCUUAAAAUAUGCCCCAAGACCAAAGCAGUGAAUCCAAAGGUUUUCAAGCAAAUGGAUGAGCAGAGAAAAUACAGAGACUGUGCCGAACUCUUCCGGGCUGGAUUUAACAGGAGUGGAAUUUACACCAUCUACAUAAGCAUGCAAGACAUGCAUAAGGUUUAUUGCAACAUGGAAAGUGCUGGUGGGGGCUGGACCGUCAUACAGUUGAGGAAAGAUGGAAAGUUGGACUUCCACAGAACCUGGAAGGAGUAUAAGAUGGGCUUUGGGAGUCUGACUGGAGAACACUGGUUGGGAAAUGAGCUGGUGUACAAGUUGACCAAUCAGAGGCAGUGCACUCUUAGACUGGAGCUGACGGACUGGGAUGGCAAACUGGCCUUCUCCCAAUAUGACAAGUUUUACCUUGGUAGUGAAAAACAAAACUACAGGUUGUUCCUGAAAAGCUACAGUGGUACAGCUGGCAGACAGAGCAGUUUGGUGAUAAAUGGGGCUGACUUUAGCACAAAAGACAUGGAUAAUGACAACUGCAUCUGCAAGUGUGCACUCAUGCUCACAGGUGGCUGGUGGUUUGAUGCCUGUGGCCCAUCAAACCUCAACGGCAGGUACUACACCUCUGGACAAAAUUCAGGUAAACUUGAUGGCAUCAAGUGGCACUACUUCAAAGGCCCCAACUACUCUUUACGUGCCACCACAAUGAUGAUCCGCCCAUUAAACUUUUGAGAAACCGGUCAUCUGACAUCAAAAUUUUUCACACAUUUUUCCACAAUGAAUGAACUUAUACAGCAUGCUGUGUAAAUGGUUAAAUAUUUUAAUCAAAUUUGUGUGGGAAAUUCAAUGUCUAACUUUUCCUCAUGUUGUAUACUGUGUUCUUUAAAUAGUCUGUUGUGUUUAUGGAACUCUCUACUGAGGGCUUGACUUACUGGUGUCAUUAGCUUUCAGGAAAUUCAUGAACUGUUUGCUUAAGUCUAUUUGGUUACACUUUAUUUAGAUAGUACACUUUAGACAUUGUACUAACUACACUGAACAAAAUUAUAAAUGCAAGACUUUU